CCCAGAGGUCCGUCUGUCCAGCAGCAUCAAACACAGCUGGACUCCAUCUUUCUGCUGCUGGAGGACAACAUUGUCACUUUUGUCAAGACGGAGCUGAAGAAGAUCCAGAAGCUUCUGAGUCAGAGGGAGGAUGAGGAGGAGGAUGAAGAUGAAGAGCAGAGGAGCAGCAGAGAGUCACUGAUGAAGAUCACAGAGAACUUCCUGAGGAGAAUGAAGCAGGAGGAGCUGGCUGAUCGACUGCAGAGCAGACCUACUGCUGCAGUUUGUCGACAUAAAGUCCAAUCUGGUCUGAAGAAGAAGUUCCAGUGUGUGUUUGAGGGGAUGGCUAAAGCAGGAAGCCCAACCCUUCUGAAUGAGAUCUACACAGAGCUCUACAUCACAGAGGGAGGAACUGGAGAGCUGAAUGAAGAACACGAGGUC